AUGAAUCUCUCUGGCUCACCGGGAAACCACACUCUGCCCGGCGCUACUACGGAGGAAUCCGAUCUCCUCCAACGAAGUACCAAGAAAACGAAGAGAGGAGUUACUGAGCGGGAUAACGAGACGAUGGAGAUGGAAGCGGACAUGGGACCUCAAACCAAUGGGACGUCGAUUGGUUUGGACGUUAUGAAAGAGAAGAACAACCAAAGUGUUCCUAGUCCGGCGAACACACCAAUAUCAUUCCGUCGAGCAUUAACUGGACUGAAUGACAAUGUGGGGCGGACUGAUGAUGUCUCUGAUGACGAAGCUGGCGAGCAAGAAGAUGAUGAUCCGAUGUGCCCAGUUGUGAAACUGACGAAAGAAGAAAAGAGAAGGAUGAGGCGUAGAUGGGAAAACACAUUGAUAAUCAAAGUCCUAGGGAAGACGGUUGGAUACAACUAUUUACUACGAAGAUUAAGAACCAUAUGGAAUCCAAAAUCAGGUAUGGAUCUCAUUGCCAUACAAAACGGGUACCAUUUGGUUAGGUUUGCAUCAGUCGCCGAUUACGAACAUGCAAGGCUGGAAGGACCAUGGACUGUUCUUGAUCACUGCUUAGCCGUCAAAGACUGGGAACCAGACUUUGAUCCCAUGCGUGAUGAAACUCAGAGACUCCUCGUUUGGAUUCGCUUCCCUUGCCUACCAAUAGAAUACUACGACUACGAUUUCUUGAUGAGGGUGGGAGAUAUGAUAGGAUCGGCUGUCAAGGUCGAUCAUGCAACAAGCAUGGCGUCCCGUGGUUUGUUUGCUAGAGUGUGUGUUGAAAUAGACAUAACAAAACCCCUCAUAGCCAGUUUCAAGUUGAAAAAUAAGCGCAGGGCAAUCGAGUAUGAAGGUCUCCAUCUGGUUUGUUUCAAAUGUGGAAUGGUGGGUCACCGGAAGGAUGCAUGCAAAGUGCCGGACGAUCAAUUGGACAAGGAAGUGACGGAAAUAACUAUCAUGAUGCCGGAGGCAGGCGGUGCAGUGGCGGAGAAGGCAGCCGGAAACAUGACCGAGACAAGAGAUGGGCCAGUAUGGAAAGUCGGAGGAAACAAUGAGAAAAAUCAGGGCAAUUUGAGACCGUUAGAAGAAAAAUAUGGAACGUGGAUGAUUGCGCAGAGGAAAUCAAGGGUUUACCAAAAUAGAGGUGAUCCGAGACGAUAUAAAGGGAAAGCUAACGUGGAAAAAGGCGAGACAUCUAACAGGAAAGAUGGAGAUAACCGCGGAGAUAACGGUAAGGUUUUUAAUGAAGAGGGUUUUAAAAUCUGGAAUAACUCAAGGUUUGGGGCCCUUGAUGAUCUAGGAGAGAAUAUGGAAAAGGUAGCCCAGGAAGAGGAGACCGAAGCCCAUGAAGAGGAAUUUAGUUUUGUGAGGCCUGAUGGCCCAACAGGGGCACUUCUAGCUGGGAAAGGUAAAAGACCACAAGUCCAAAUUACUGAAGCUCAAAUCACUAAUGAUAAAUCAGAGCCCAGCAAGAAGAACAACAUGGGAAGUACGAUGGCGAGCAGAAAGAACGAAGGGCCACAAGUUACUGCAAAGACUAAUAGACGUUCGAACCAGGCAGCGGAAAAUGAAGGACAUACUGUGGUGAGAGGAUACGACAAUGGCAGUAGAGUGGAGAGAAUCAUGAUAUCCGAAGAAGGGGAAUCCAUGGAUAUUGUGCACACACAAGUCGAGGGAGGUGAACAUCAUCACGACCCCCCGAACUCGUCUCCAAUGGCUCAUGAUGGUGAGCCGGGUGAUCCAAUGGUUGGCGUUUGUGUUGGUGAUGGCCAGUCGCUGACUGGUGUGGGGGUUGCCCUCCUCUAG